AGUCGCAUUCAGAAUAGUCCAUUUAGCGAUCAUACCCCAAAGAGUAUAAUACUUACUGCUACGUGAGACGGUCGCGAUAAGAUUAGAAAAAGCAGCGACAUCGCGAUACGUCGUUGCCUUAUAAGGCGCCGAAUUUUGGUCCGAUAGUCUUUCAAUAAAACUUUGCUUCUGCGGGGACGUGGCACCAACCCGCACGCCUCUUCAUCUUUGAUUAGCUUUAAGGUGGAUCACGCAAAAUUCUUCCAUUUAUAGCAGAUAUGAUGAAAUGUCUGCUGGCGCUGAUGCUUGCCCUGGCAACUUGCUGGGCAGGCAAUCCUCUUUUGGAAAACAUAGCUCCAGAAUCCAUUCAGGAAGUAUCAGACGAUUAUAAAUUGCCGAACAAUGUCGUACCUACUCACUAUACCAUCGAAUUAAAGCCGUAUCUCGACAGCAAGAAUGACAAGAAUUUUACUUUUGACGGGAAGUCUACAAUCAACCUCAAAGUUAGGAGUAAUACUAGGACUAUAGUAUUUCAUGCCAAACAACUUAAAUUCGAAGAAAAUAUUUUAUUGACGUAUACAAAUAAGAACGAAAAGGAAGAAAAGAAUAUUAAAAUAUUACAUUUAACAUCAAACCAGCAAAAAGAUUUUGUAAUUCUAACGUUGGGACAAGCAAUAAAUAGCGACAUGCAAAAUGUAACACUUUCUUUACGUUAUAGUGGAGUGUUAAAUAAUGAUUUACGUGGAUUCUAUAAGAGUUCUUACCAAAACGGAAAUGAAACAAGAUGGCUCGCAACGACUCAUUUCGAGCCAGUAGGCGCAAGACAAGCAUUCCCAUGCUGGGACGAACCUGCAAUAAAAGCAACAUUUAAGAUUAUUAUCGAUACUAGCCAGCUUAGUGAGGCUUAUCAUGUGGUCUCGAAUAUGCGCAUAGAUACUACAAUUAAUAAUAAGACGACUUUCUUGCAAACACCAGAGAUGUCUGCCUAUCUCGUGGCUUUUGUAGUUUCGGAUUAUAAAAAGAACGGGAAUGACACAUUUGGCGUUUUGACAAGACCUAACGCGUUUAACAGCACAGAAUUUGCAUUAAAAAUCGGGCAAGAAACAUUGGCAGAACUAAAUAAAUUUACUGGCAUUGAUUAUUAUCAGUCAGCAAAUGUAAUGAAGAUGGAUCAAAUUUCAAUCCCAGAUUUUGCGGCCGGUGCUAUGGAGAAUUGGGGUCUUGUGACUUAUAGAGAAUCUGCGCUUCUCUUCACCGAAAAGAAAACAACUACGCAAGAUAAACAGAGUAUAGCGACAGUGAUAGCUCACGAAUUUUCUCAUCAAUGGUUCGGUAAUUUAGUAACUUGCGAUUGGUGGGAUUAUAUCUGGCUAAACGAAGGUUUUGCCACCUUCUUUCAAUAUUAUACAACCGAACAGGUUGUCCAGACACUGCUUAAGGAAUCCUGGAGUCUUAUGGAUCAAUUUGUUAUCAAAAAUUUACAAGCAUCCGCAUUCGUUGUUGAUGCAACCACUAAAACUCGUCCAUUAAAUUCUCAAAUCAAUUCAAAAACCGCUGAUCAAAUUCAAAGUUUAUUCGACGAUAUUGCCUACAAAAAAGGUGCUUCUAUUCUCCGAAUGUUGCAACAAUGUUUGGGAGAAGAUGUCUUCCAAAAAGGACUUCAAAAUUAUUUGACUAUAAAUAAAUAUAAAUCUGUUAAACCGGAGGAUCUCUUUGAUGCUAUCGAGAAAGAUGAUCGCGUUAAGAAAGUUUUACCAGAUGGUAAAAAGCUUAAUAAUGUUAUGGACAAUUGGUUAAAUAAAGCGGGAUAUCCUGUUGUUACGGUCGAGACCACGAAUUUAACUAACAGAGUUAAUCUAAAACAGGAACGAUUUUACCUGGUGAAACCAGCGAAACAGGAUACGACUAAAUGGUACAUACCCAUCACUUACGUCACACAAGAAGCACCCAAAGAUACAAAACAGUUGUGGAUGAAACCUGAGUCUGCUUCAGUUUUUGUUGAUAAUGUGAACAAUACACAAUGGGUACUUUUCAAUAAGAAUCAGACAGGAUAUUAUCGCGUCAAUUACUAUCCCGACAAUUGGAAACUUCUUGCGAAAUAUUUAGAAACGAAAGAUUAUGAACAUAUAAGCCCCACUAACCGUGCCCAAUUGAUAGACGAUGCAUUAAAUCUCGCACAAGCGGGAUACCUAAGCUAUGAUAGCGCUUUGCAGAUUACAAAAUAUCUGAAUCAAGAAAUCGAUUACAUACCAUGGUAUGCGGCUGUCAGAGCAUUCGAUUAUCUGGACCGUGUAUUACAGGGCUCUGAAAUCCAUGAUAAAUAUCAUCAUUAUGUCGCUGAAAAAAUACAAAAAUUCGCAAAAGAAGCUAAUUACACGCAUCCCGAAGGUUUGCAUGUGACGAAACUAAGCAAAGUACUGGCACUAGACGCCGCUUGUAAAUAUGGACUGAAAGACUGCGUAAACUUCGCUAAGGGAGAACUCAAAGCAUGGUUAGAAACAGAGGAAAAAAAACUCUCACCAGACUUGAGAAGGGGAAUUAUUUGUGCCGGAAUUCGAAAUGGAGAUGCAGACACGUGGAAAAAGACUUUCGAAAAGUAUCAAAGCAGCGCAGAUAAAGAAGAACGGAGUGAUAUUCUGAGUGGUCUUGGUUGCAGUACGUCCGAGGCGAAUGUAUACGAAUUGCUCAACCCAACUAUCGCAAACAAUACCAAAAAUAUUUUCUCCGUGAUGAAUUCGAUAGCUGCGGGUCACGCUAAGUCUUUCGAUAUUCUCCUAGAUUUCAUUAAUAAACACAUCGAAAUAAUCAAAGAGAUAGAUGAAAAUAACAAACAACUUCACGCUUUCCUUAAUAAACUUGCCAUAAAGGUUACAACUGAUGAGCAAUAUUCAAAGCUGUCAGUGGCCGCCUUCAUGCACUUACGAGAACUCGAAAAGUUUACAGGAUUGACUCAGGCGGUAGAAAAUCUUGCCUGGAUUAAAACUCAUCGAUCAAUAGUUCAGAAAUGGAUCAAUGAAAAUUAUAAAGAAGAAGAAGGAAAAGAAAAAGAGGAAGAGCCAAACUCUGCAAGUUCCUUUACUCUGGCAUCGUUCCUAAUGAUUAUUCCAGUACUACUCGCACGAAUUGUACUUGAAAGGAGAAUUGGCAUGGCAACUCUGAAAUUGUUAAUAAAUAUUAGCCUAAUAUUUACUAUUACUUUAGCUCUUCUUGUUGACAAAAAUUCGAGCAAUGAUUCGCAUAUUAAUUAUCGUUUACCGGACAACGUAGCUCCGGUACAUUACAAUAUUAAGCUAAUACCGUAUAUUGAAGAAGGUAACUUUACUUUUGACGGAGAAUCAAGUAUCAACAUCACAAUUCAUCGUACAACGCAAAACUUGAGUUUGCAUGCACUGGAAUUAACAAUAGAUGAAGCAGCAACAUCGUUGCUCGACAAUGAUCGCAUUGUUUACAUGCCGGCAACAUAUAAUUACGACAAUAUAACACAAAUCUUAGUUCUUCAUUUUAAUGACGAGCUAUUACCUGGAAAUUAUACUUUAAAGAUGCGAUAUGUCGGUAUCCUAAACAAUGACUUGGAAGGCUUUUUCAGAAUAUCUUAUACCAAUGAAGAAGGAAAUAAAGUGUGGUUGGCCACAUCGCAUUUCGAGGCAACUUUGGCGCGACGAGCUUUUCCAUGUUGGGACGAGCCGGCAUUAAAAGCCACUUUCGAUAUCUCCAUAAAACAUCAUCGAAAUUACACAGCUCUAUCAAAUAUGCCGAUACGAGAACGAUCGGACGACGAAGACGGCACAGUGUGGACGCACUUCGAUACGACUCCUAUCAUGUCAACUUAUCUCGUGGCCUUUGUAGUAUCCGAUUACGUUCAUGUGCCUAAUGAAACUGAGACGGUCAAUGUGUGGUGUAGAUCGAAAUUGGUGCCGCACACAAAAUUUGCACAAGAAGUUGCCGAAAAAUCUGGACGGCUAUUAACAGAAUAUACUAAUAGCACCGAUAAAGUUCCGAAAAUGGAUCACGUAGCGGUCCCAAGAUUCAGAGCUGGUGCCAUGGAAAAUUGGGGACUUAUUAUUUAUGUCGAAUCAUAUUUUAUAUACGAUGAAAGUUCUGACACGAUAUCUACUAAACGACAAGUAGCUAUGACAGCAGCACAUGAAAUGGCACAUCAAUGGUUUGGCAAUGUAGUCAGUCCAUUAUGGUGGUCUCAUGUAUGGUUAAACGAAGGAUUUGCGUCGUUCUUCGCAGACUAUAUGCUCAAUCAGAUUUUCGAGGAUUGGCGAGUAAUGGAAUACUUUGUUGUUAAGACUCAACAAGCAGCUCUUCAUAUCGAUAUUGCUAAAAAUAUGAAGCCUAUUACAUUAGAAGUGAACAGCCCAAAAGAAAUUGAUUCACUCUUCUCUUAUUCCAGUUACGGCAAGGCACCCGCUAUAUUGCGUAUGUUGCAACAUAUAAUUACCGAUAAAGUAUUUCGGAAGGGUAUUAUUAAAUAUUUGCACACGCAUGAAUUCAGUUCGGCUACUUCGGAUGACUUAUGGAAUGCUUUGCAAGUAGUCCUAGAUGAAUCGGAUGUUGCGCAUAAUGCCUAUAGAUUGAAAGAGGUAAUGGAUACCUGGAUAAAACAAAGGCAUUUUCCUGUGGUACAUGUGACCCGAAACAAUGACACCAAUGAGAUAAUAAUAACACAAGAACAUUUCCGCCCAGACAAUAAAAAUAAACACAUCGAUGAUGAUAAAUGGUGGAUACCGCUGACUUUUGCUACGCAAACAAAUCCUGAUUUCUCUAAUACUUUGCCCACUCAUUGGCUAAGACCGCAAGAUCAAAAUAUAACCCUUACUGGAAUUGAUUCAAAUGAUUGGAUUAUUGUUAAUUUACAACAAAUGGGAUAUUAUCGUGUUAAUUAUGAUUAUUUAAAUUGGCAAAAAAUUGCAAAUUAUCUCAAAUCUGACAAUUAUACAAAAAUUCAUGUGGUCAAUCGUGCUCAAAUCAUCGAUGACGCUUAUCAUCUUAUGGUGGCAAAUCAAUUUGAUAUCUUGAAGUUUCUGGAUCUCAUUAGCUAUCUACGGCAGGAAACAGAUUUCAUAGCAUGGUAUCCUAUGUUUGAAAUAUUAGAAAUUACAGACGAUUUUUACAAUUUUCCAGAAACUGAAGUUUUCAAAUCAUACAUUCUCGAAAUUUUAGAUGGACUUAUUAACAACGUAGGAUACGAAGAAGAUCCUACUGAGGACGAUUUUACGAAACUUAAAAGAAGCAAAGCUUUAAAAUGGGCAUGCAUUUUUGGUCAUUCUACGUGCAAAAGAAUGGCCACUAUAAAUCUGAAUAAACAUUUAGCAGAUCCCGAAAAACAUAAAAUUUCGCCAAAUUUAAGAGAAUGGACAUAUUGUAGUGGCUUGAUGGAAGCAAACGCUUCUACUUGGAAUCAGUUAUUGGAUAUAUAUAUAAAUAAAUCAGACAAAGAGGUUUUAAAAUACUUGGCUUGCACUGAAAAUCCUGAUAUUAUAAUUAAUUUUUUUGAUAUAUCUACAUCGAACAAUUCAAUAAUACAAGAUGAAGAUUACUAUAGAAUUUAUUCUUAUAUUAUUUAUAAACAUGCUAAAUAUAAUAAAAUAACCGAUUAUGUGUUAGCAAAUUUAAACAAAAUUGUUUCAAGAAAUUACGAUUUGAAUGAUAUAUUAAAUGGCAUAAUUUUCCAUGUAUACUCUAAUGAACAACUUGACAAGAUAUGCAAAUUUGUAAAAAAUGAAUUGGAGGAGAAAGUAUUCGAAGAUAUUGAAAACAAGAUAAAACAUCGCAAGAUUCAAUUAUUGGACAAAUUUGCCUUAUUUCGGUCACCUAUAAUACAAGAAUAAAAUUAUAAAAAAAUUACAAACAGCCAAUAUGGCAAUUUUGCAAGACAGAUACGCAUGUUUAUCUAUUCUUAAUAUUAAUUUGGAACUUAUUAACAAUUUUUCCUACUUUCUGAGAUCGCAUAUAAUAAAGUUAUAAAUAAAUUGAAUCGUAACUUAUAUAUAUGUGUAUAAUUGUAUCAAAUAUAUUAUAUAAUUGUAUCAAAUAUAUUAUAUAAAUUUUUAAAAUUGAA